AUGGCGCCCGUGAACGCCGCGGUGGCCGGCGCGCCCGCGCGCGCGAGACCGUUCGCACCGUACGACAUCGCGUGCGAACACAAGAAGUCACAGGAUGGAAUCUGCAUCCUCCCGUCGCUCUACGCGAGCGAUUGGCACGCGAAAUCGCCGAACGGACGAAUCGGCUCGCUCCUUGCGAUGUAUUGCGUGUUCGACGGGCACAAGGACGCGACGGCGAUGGAGUACUUGGAGAAGCAUUGGACGCGGAACGUCGAGCACGAGGCGCGCGUGCUCGCGGCGAGAGGCGCGGGCGCGGGUAGCGGGGACGAUGGCAUAGAGAGCGCGUUUCAGCGGGUGUUGCAACGCAUGGAGAGUGAGUACGGAACGAGUAAUAACGUUGGGUGUUUUUUUUGUAAUGGGAACACGCCGGAGGGGGGGUCGACGGUUAACGUGGUGGCGGUGCAGUGCGUGCCGUCACCUCCGGGCGAUGGACGGAAGUUUGCUCUUGAUCUAGUGUGCGCGAACGUGGGUGAUUCUGGGGCGCUGAUGCUCCCACAUCCAGCGGAGUUCGAUUCUAUCAGCGCAGACGAUCGAUCGUUACACGUCCGGCUGUCAAGGGAACACAACCCGGACGAUCCGUUCGAGGCGAGACGUUUGAUAAGUUCAGAGUGUAGGCUCGCGCGAUUGCGGGGAGAUGACGGACAGGAACUUGGCCCGCUUCGUGUGUACCCUGGUGGAUACGCGAUAUCACGCGCUUUCGGUGAUUUUGACUCACCUGGAAUCAUUUGCGAGCCAGAGUUUACGCGCGUCCGCGUCCCCGUGGUGGGCUGCCGUCUGCUGGUAGCAUCUGACGGGGUAUUUUCCGCGCUGAAGGACAGUGAAAUCGCGCAGGAAUGUUUUCAGUUCAUGGGCCCAGACACAUGCGCGCGAGGAAUAGUCGAUAAGGUGAUGAGAACUCGCGGAAAGCACGACGAUAUUACGUGCAUCGUGGUUGACAUUCCUUCGUACAAUACAUUGGAGGCUUUGAUGGCUGAGGCGCAACAGUCUCUCGAAGACGUCGAGAUCGUGACCAAGUGGAUGAAAAAGCGCGUACCCUUGACUCGUGAGCAGACUUUGGAGAUCGAGAGCGCUGAAUCAGAGUUUUCGGACGAUAUUGAUGUCACGGUACAUGCCGGCAGGAAUUUUGGAGACUUCUCUGCAAAGAAACUUUACGAUGAUUUCGACGUGGAAGAUCUCAUCGGCCGCGGUGUCUAUGGAUCGGUAAGGAAAGGGAAGAGUCGUAAAACGGGCGAAACCGUCGCGAUCAAAUCUAUUCUACGCUCCCGCGUCGACGCAGCGCUCAUUCAGGACGAGUGUGACGUAUUGCAGGUCUUGUGUGGACAUCAUCCAAGCUUUCCGGAGAAACUCAUGGUGUACGAAGACAGCCACGCGCUGAAGAGCGAAGUCACUCACAUUGUCACUGACUUGUACACGGGGGGCACACUUUUAGAGGGAAUCGAACAACGUGGCCUUUUCGACGAGGGCGAUUGGUGCGUCAUCGCCAACGAGUUGCUCGGAGCCGUGUCCUUCAUGCACUCGCUGGGAGUGGCGCACAGAGACUUGAAACCCGAUAAUAUCAUGCUGGUCAAGCCUUGGUCGAAACAGCCGGGAAGCAUCCCCAUUAUCAAGUUAAUAGAUUUCGGCAGCGCGACGUUCUGCAUGGCACACGAGACGCUGAAGGGUCAUGUGGGGACGAAAUUUUUCAGCGCUCCUGAGUGUCUCAGACGUCAAAAGUACACAAAGAAGUGUGACGUGUGGUCACUAGGUGUCAUUCUUUUGGUGUUGAUCAAAGGUUUCCCCAAUGGACUCGCCGUUGAGCAGCAGUGGCGCGAACUGCACUCGGGAGCCACGCCUAAAUUCCCGGAAAGCGUCCCGAAGCAUUUUAAGAAGUUGAUCCAGGCGUGCCUCAUCAUGGAUCAGACGAGGCGUCCGAGCUGCGGGAGCAUCCUCAGAGCCGCAAACGAGUGGCUGGGUACUUCGUUCUCGAGUAAUAGUAUCAUCUCAAGCCCUAUGAAGUCUCGUCCGGCGCGACGCUUGGCGAUCCCGCACAACUUCAGCGACGCUGUACGAUCGUACAACGGCGCGGCGCAUGAUGCAUUAUCGCGCAGUGGCAAAGGAAACCAAGAGGAGGAAGACAUUUCCCGGCACGAAGGCAACCAUUGGCAGUUGGACUUGAAUGUCGAGCGUGGUGACGUGGUCGGUACGGCACAGCCGCUCGCCAUCAUCGACACGAUCGUCGCCGAAAACCAGCGUGUCGCGUAUCAAAAGCACGUCACAGACAUGUUGUCCAUCGUGGCGUCUCCGCAAGAGAUUCGAGACAUCAUCGAUUGCGUCAGAAAGUCCAAGAGCCGAUCCGGAGAGGGACAGGACGCUCGUAAUUCGAGUGAUGGCGUGCGCCACGCCGAGUGGUGCUCAGCGAUAACGCUCGAAGAGUCUGCGCGCGUAGCUGGCGCCUUGGAAUCUUCGGCUCAGCUCGUUCUCGCUCGGCACCUCACCGGCAUGGACGCCUCCGAUUUGUGGAUUGACCUGGAGAUUCUCGAGCAGCUAGACACUCUACACGAGCGUCACAAACACGUGUUCAACGCGAUCGAGAAGUUCGCAAAGGCGCGAAAGGUGGCGGGGAUCGAAGAAGGAGGCGCAAAUCUGGACACGCAAGAACUCAGCGCGGUGGACGACAACCGCGAGAUGGUGCAAGGCGACGCCCACUCAGGGAUGGUUCGCGCCAUGAUGUCCAGAGGUCUCAGCUCUUACAAUCUCUCCGCGACCGAAAAGACGCCUAUUGAGCCGUCCGAUCUCACCGUAAGAGGCGGAAGCGCUUGGUUUUGGGAGGAUUGGAGCGACUCUGGGGGUGGUGGUUCGCGUUCGGGUUCCGUUCGUAACGGCGCCGCCGCCGCCGCCGCCGCCGCCGCCGCCGCCGCCGCCGCCGCCGCCGCCACCGCAUCGCUCAAAAGGUGA